UCGGUCGUCCUCCCGGAAGAUGGGACGUGGACAGAUCUUGAGCCAUCAUAUCAAACCGUAAUGCUGGAAGAGGAGGACGCGUUCCUUUGGAUAGAGACAGUAUGGGCUAAUAUCAGCUUGACGAGGUUGUCGCCGAGUUUAAUGGAUUUGGAGUUCCAAGGGACAGUGGAAGCCCGGGGGUGGGUCUACUUGUCACAAGACAAGGAGAAUGCUAUGGUCAUAGAUUUGGCACUCGGGGAUAUGCCGGACGAGUUGUUUAGGAAGGCAGAAGUGGAGGUUGUACGGGCUGCGUGUCAGCGGAGCGAAAUGGAAAUGGAAAGGGUAGAUAUGCGGGUGGAACUUGGGGAUAGGGGAAGCGUGAGGCGACCCGUCGAAACCAUGCGAUGUGUGUUGCCUCCCUUUCUGGUGGAUGCGGUCUUCGGAACUCGGAGCAGGCUAGUACGGAUAUGUCAGUCCAUGACGACCCUCGGACUAUACCAGUGCGCUAGGCAAGACUUCUUUCGGUUGUCGGUAGAAAUGGGGCCGUUUGAAGGGAAUUGGGCGAAGGAGCUGACUGAGAUGCUAAACUGCCUUAGCGUAGACAAUGUCUUUGUCCCUAGCUCCGUGCAUUGGGGGAUAGUCUACAGAAAUGUGGCAAUAGGGGAGAUAUUCCUGGAAGGGGUGAGGGAGUUGUUCUACAACGAAGAGGACGACUUCAGUGAUGAGGAUGAAGAUGAUGAAAUAGAGGACUGCGGCUUCUAAGGAGGGUGACUUACUUAGGGAGACCGAGUAGCCUGGCAUUGUGCAGGAAGGGAAAAGAUGACUAGAGAGGAAUUGUUGAUGGAAUACACCUUCAAGGGAUGGGAACCAAGGCGACUCAAGGGGGGGAUAAAAAUGCCUAUACCAG